UUAACAAGGUGAGGUCAGGGUGUGGUUUAUUUCCGACGAAGUUCCCGGAUGAGCAUGCCGGAAUAAACACAGACCGCGGUCGGCAGAGGGGCUGAGGCCGCAUCAUGUCAGACUGGUCCCCUCUCCAGAGAGCGUGCUGUGGGUCAUAAUGGGCGGACAGGUGUUGCCGUGUGUCACGCAGGUGCAACAGGUGGACUAGCCGGACUGGUUUCGGUGGCUCGUUUUUCUUCUUGAAGGCGAUGUCGCCACCUGCACAGCAAUCAUGAAGAUUGUGACAACUGCAGCCUUUCUACACUUUUUUGUGUGCGCCACAGCGGCAGUUUCGGAUAGUGACGCCACCGAAACGGCCCUGGAGGCGGCACCGGGCGACAUCGCCACACUUCCGUGUUACGCCGUCGGUAACGUGACACCGAUUCUCACGACGUGGGUGAAAGACGGACAGGAGGUCGCGAGGAGCGACCCCUCGGCCCAGAGCCCCUCCCCCGGCGCACAGCGCGUCACGGUGACCAAUGACGGCAGUCUGAGGAUCGGGAGGGUGGCGCCCGGGGACGAGGGCACCUACGGGUGCAGCUCCACGCUGCCGGGCAACAACACCUUCCACGCGCGGGUCUCGCUGCACGUAAACGGUCCGGAAAACGUGUCCACGUCCAUCGUCCCGGCGACGGCUCUGUCCAACGGGACGCUCGUCGUCCUUCGGGGCUCGAGCGUCUCCUUCCACUGCUCCGGCUCGUCCUCCCCGUCCCAGCGGCUCACCUGGUCCUUCUCGGGAGCCUCGUCCAGCAACGAGUCGCUGGCCUCCGCCACGGCGUCCUCGCUGGACUUCAGGAUAGAGGACGUUCAGCCCGGCGCUCAGGGCGUCUACAGCUGCGGGGCCCACGACGCCGUCUCGGGUCAGGCACUCAAUAGGAGCACAGAGCUGCUGGUGUACUAUGUCCCGGACCGACACCCAGACUGCACCUGGGCUCUGGAACAGGACCCGUCUUACGUCUGGUUCAACUGCACCUGGCCGGGGGCGUACCCGACCCCGGCGCUCCGCUGGGGGGACGGGAAGGACGACGACGGCGACGCCGACGACCCGGCGGACCACGGGAUGAGAACGCUUUACACGUCGGACCUCGCCGAGAGCCUGCCGCUGAGGCUGAACCGCUCCGCGCUGUCGGACGAGCAGGCGCUGAGGUGCGCGGCCCGCCACCCGGCGCUCGCCGCCGGGACGGAGAUGUCGUGUUCGUUUAUCCUCAAGUCGCCGUACCCUUCGGGCGAGCCUCUGGUCACGGCGCUGGCGGCCACCAGCGUCACUCUGACGUGCACCGAGGACGUGUCCCUCCCGCCCGCCAACACCGCCUGGAGGAAAGGCCUGCAUCAGGAGGCCAUCGUCCCCGGGUCCAAGUACGCCGUGUCCAAGGACGGCCCCGCCUGCCGGCUGACGAUACGCGACGUCGGCGAGGAGGACGAGGGCGUCUACUUCUGCCGCAGCGAGAACCCGCUGGCCGUCCGCGAGCUGGAGGUCUACCUCACUGUGAAGACCUCCUCCGCGUACACGGGGGUGAUCCUCGGGGUCUUCAUAGCUUCUCUGAUUGUGGGAGCCGCCGCCAUCGUGGCUAAAACCCUUUACUCCAACCGGCACCGGAUGUGCCUGGGUGAUGGCUUUGGGCAAAUGGAGGAGGACCGAGGAGACGUGCUGAGUCUGGUGGAGUCCGACGACGAGCAGAUGUUUCGGGACGCCGUUCCCCAGCUUCCCCCGCUAGCCAACGGACACCAGACGACGCUCGUCCUGAUCCAUCGGAUCCCGUCGAGUGAUCAUGAGGAUGCAGAGACAGCUGACACGAGCCCACAGGAGGACACGGCGCAGACGGAGGAGCCAGGGGAUCUUGUGACAUUCUAGGGUUUGGGGUCAUUUUAGAUUUAAUUUCUGUGAAUACUAAUUUCUCCCAAUGACAAUGUGAAAACAAAUCGGUGGAAGACACAAAAAAAAUACAAAAUCAUUUCUUUGAAUUUGUCAUUUUAAAGUUUUUUUUUAAUGUUUUUGUAGCUUGAAUCUGUUAUUCUUUUGUACAGCAUUGUGGACGUGUUGCUCUGAUAUGGAGAAGUGUGCAGUAAAUGAGGCUGUUUGAAACGGAC